GCUGAUUUCACGAGCUAAUUGAUGAGCCGAACUCGAGUAGUGCUCGAGCUCGAGUCAAAUACAAACUAAGAUUCUAAUAAAAAAGAUGAGCUCGAAGUCGACUUGAUUAUUAAUAAACUUGAUCAAAAUGAGAUCUAAACUCGGCUCGGCUCGGCUCAUUUCCCACCCAUACCUAACCAAGGAGGCACAUUUGCGUGGGCCAGAUUGGGCUUUUGUUGGGCUAUUAAAUUUAUCCGCGAUGCACGUGAUUCGGGCCCAAGCAUUGACCAAAAGCAAUACACACGGCCCAACCAGCUCGAAGAACAGGUGGCUUUUUCUUUCGAACGCUUGUUUCUUUUCUUCUCCGAACAGAACCGAGAUCUCCGCCCGGAUUAUUCUUUCCCUUGGACUCCCGUCGCCCGAACUAGGAACCGCCGGUGCUUACAGUCAGCGUCCAUCGUCAAUCAUGAUUCACUUUGUGUGUCUUAUUAGUCGCCAAGGCAAAGUCCGGUUGACAAAAUGGUAUUCAACUUACACACAGAAAGAAAGAUCCAAGGCCAUCCGUGAGCUUAGUGGAGUGAUUCUGAGUCGAGGGCCCAAGCUCUGCAAUUUUGUUGACUGGAAAGGACAUAAAGUUGUUUACAAAAGAUAUGCUAGCCUUUAUUUCUGCAUGUGCAUCGAUGACGAGGACAACGAGUUAGAGGCCCUUGAAGUUAUUCACCACUUCGUCGAGAUUUUGGACAGAUACUUUGGCAGUGUUUGUGAGCUGGACUUGAUCUUCAACUUCCAUAAGGCCUAUUACAUAUUGGACGAGCUUCUAAUUGCAGGUGAACUCCAGGAAUCAAGCAAAAAAACAGUCGCCAAACUAAUAUCUGCACAGGACUCUCUGGUAGAGGUUGCGAAGGAGGAGGCAAGCUCCAUAAGCAACAUCAUUGCUCAGGCCACAAAGUAAGAGGCAUACUGAUGUGUCGUUUGUUUGAACUACUUUAAAGAAGUGCUUUGGUGUAAUUAGCUGAAUCCUAUACAUGCCCCUGUUUUUCGUGUGCUUUGGUGUAAUUUUCUGCAUUUCUUUGGCAACCAUCUUGUGGUUCCGAAAGUUAAAAAAACCAACUUUGUAAAUGGUCGCCAAAGGACUAUUUUCUGCCGCCGCUCCCAUUGGUUGCAUUUGGUGAUUAUUUGGGAACAAAAUGGUCGCCGUGAAUUUCUGAGAGGUAUGAUACCCGGGUAUAGUAAAACCUUUAGCCACCACUUGUCUACUUUACUUUGCCACUUUCUAAUUGUCGUCGCCAAUAAACAUGGCUCUUGUAUUGAAUGUGGGAUAAUCUGCUCCACACUUCGCUUGAUAUAUUGUGGAGCGAGAAACGUAUUAAUAACCAAGGUUGAAAAAGGCGCUAGGUCGUAAGGCGAGCGUUGAGGCUUCGCCUAGCGCCUAACUUGUUUGGUGUAGACUAAGCGUGCUUAUGCGUUGAAAGAAAAAUUGUUAUUCGCA